CCAGAAACUAUUUUGACAAAUUCCACACAUGCAUUCCAUUGGAGAGAAUUUCCUCAACGAGAGCCAUUAUGCCAUCCAACAAAGUGAACAGUGAAAGCACAACCAACUCACAAAAUGUAUCUACUGUAACCAAACUAGACGUUAAUAGCAAACUUCCCAAGGACUUUUUUGACCCAGUUGAAACACCCAAGCAAGAUAAGUGGCAAAACAAGGACGACGAUGAUGAAUAUCAGAAAUUUGAGGAAGAAAUUGCGCAGGAUUUGAGCAACUUGAAAAAGAGUUAUGCACAGGAGGAAGAUGACUUUGACGAACGAGAAUCCAAGUUACAAGAACACGAACAAAGUGAGAUGAAAGAGAGGAUACAACACCUCAAGGAACUUUUAACUGAAAGAAAACGUGCAAAGAAAGAUGGACAAGUAGAACAGAGAGUUGUGAAUAUUUCCGAUACAAAGAAGAAGAAUGUGCCAGAAAAGGAAGGCAGUUCCUCAGAGGAAGCAGACGAUAACGAUUGGUUGUUAAACUGGAAAAGAAAGAGACGAGUGGAUAAUGGAAAGAAAAGAUGAGCAAAGUUAGUUUCCAGCCUUGA